AUGUCAGUCAAAGACAAAAAUUUAUCAAAAAAUAAUAAAGAAACUAUUAUUAAAAAAUUUAAUUUUUUGGAUUUAUUUACCACUAUAAUUGAUGAAACAUUUAUUAAAUUAUGGAAAAAAUAUCUUUAUUAUGAUUGUAUAUUAGAUGAAAGUGAAUUAAAACGUUUAGGUAAUCAUAAGUAUAAUGCUACUGAUUCAUCUAUACUUGAUCAUUUAAUAUUUCAAAAAUUUUGGAAUUGGUUGGUUAAUUUUUUGCCAAUGUCAUUAGCUCCUAAUACAAUAACAUUAUUAGGAUUAAUAAGUAAUUUAAUAACAGUUGGAAUUUUAUCAGUAUAUUGCUAUACUGUAACAGAAAUUGCACCAAGUUGGGCAUAUUUUUUAGCUGCUUUAGGUGUUUUUUCAUAUCAAACAUGGGAUGCAUUAGAUGGAAAACAAGCAAGAAGAACAAAUUCAUCAUCACCAUUAGGUGAAUUAUUUGAUCAUGGAUGUGAUUCAAUGACACAAGUAUUUAUAACAUUAAAUAUUUGUUAUGCAAUGCAAAUUGGAAAUUUUCCAUCUCUUUGUUUUAUAGUUAAUGUUAUUUCUGUUAUCCUGUUUUAUGGUGCACAAUGGGCAACUUAUUGUACAGGUGUUAUGAAAUUUAAUAAAUUUGAUGUAACAGAAGCUCAAUGGUCUGUAAUUAUAAUACUUUUAAUUUCUGGUAUUUUUGGACCAGAAAUAUGGAAUAUACAUUUUUUUGAAAUUGAAAUUAAAUAUAUUGUUUUAUUUUUUUCACUUAGUGGUUGUACAAUGCAAUUUUUAAAUUAUAUGAACAGUGUUUUUAAUGAAGGUAAUGGAAAAAAUGGUAGUACAAUUGCUGGUACUUCAAUAUUAUUUCCUGUAAUUCCAUUAUUACUUGUAUGUGUACCAUUUUAUUUUAUAUAUACAGGAUCCACAACUAAUGUAUAUAUUGAUCAUAUAACAUUACUUUGCUUAUGUUUUGGUGCUAUUGGUGCUAAAGCAACAAAUAGAUUAAUUAUUGCACAUAUGUCUAAAAGUGAAUUAAAAGCAUUUGACUUAAUAUAUCUUGCACCAUUAGCUAUUUUAUUAAAUCAAUAUUAUGGGAAUUAUUAUGACGAAUAUACAAUAUUAAUAUAUGCCACUAUUUAUGCAUACACUAAUCUUUUAAUAUUUUGUGUAUCUAUUUGUAAGCAGUUUUGUUCAUAUCUAAAUAUACAAUGUUUUUCAUUGGGUAAAUACACGGAUAAUACACUUUUAAAAGUGGGAAGAAAAAAUACUUCUGAAGAAAAAGGCAAACAAAGUCGUUAA